GUGAGGCCCAGUCUAAUAUGAUACAGGGAGGAGAUGGAGUAACCCACAUCAUAGAAGAAACAAAUUCCAGGAGCAGAGACCUUGCCGUUGGUUCGUGCUCUUCCGGCUGCUCUUCCCCUUGUUCUUUGAACACCAGUUACAAGCGACUGCACCUUUCAGAGAGAAUUUCAGGCAAUACCCGACGUGGAAGAUUGCUAUGAGUUCAUGGCCUGCUAUCAUUCUCUGCGUCCUCACAUUCAUCCAUUAUGGAGGAGUUUUAAUUGCUUGAUAGGGAGAAACUGGGAAAGAACUUGUACAACUGGAAACAACUUCAACAUCCGAAAAUUUGAUGGGAUUCGUUUUUCGUCCAUUAUUUCCAAGAAGGGUUAUGCUGCAACUUCUCAUAGUGAUGUAGUUUUUUCUUCUGAAAGUGGACAUAUAAGGGACCAACAUGAACAGGCACUCUUGAAUCCAAUCAAGCAUGAAGAGAGACAAGCAAGUUCUGAUUCUUCAAAUGGCAGAGUAAUGCUCAUAGAUGGCACAUCAAUUAUAUAUAGAUCAUACUACAAGCUUUUAGCAAAGUUGCACCAUGGCUAUCUAUCAAAUGCUGAUGGCAAUGGAGAUUGGGUUUUAACUAUUUUCACCGCAAUAUCUCUUAUAAUGGACGUUUUGGAAUUUAUCCCCUCACAUGUGGCGGUGGUUUUUGACCAUGAUGGAGUUCCAUUUGGUCAUACUUGUAAUUCAUCCAAAGAAAAUAUCAUGGCAAAAGGCUUGAAUUUUCGUCACACUCUAUACCCUUCAUACAAGAGCAACCGUCCCCCCACACCUGAUACCAUAGUUCAGGGACUUCAAUAUUUGAAAGCAUCCAUCAAAGCUAUGUCCAUUAAGGUGAUUGAGGUACCAGGGGUGGAAGCUGAUGACGUAAUUGGAACGUUAGCUGCAAGGAGUGUUGAGGAUGGGUUCAAGGUGCGAGUUGUGUCCCCUGACAAAGAUUUCUUUCAGAUUUUGUCACCUUCUUUGCGACUUCUACGAAUUGCGCCCCGCGGCUUUGAGAUGGCCUCCUUUGGAAUGGAAGAUUUUGCUGAAAGAUAUGGAAAUCUGAAACCUUCUCAGUUUGUUGAUGUAAUGUCUCUUGUGGGAGACAAAAGUGAUAAUAUUCCAGGAGUUGAAGGUAUUGGAGAUGUUCAUGCUUUGCAACUGAUAACCAGAUUUGGCACACUGGAGACUUUGUUGCAAAGUGUUGAUCAAGUUGAAGAGGAACGCAUUAGAAAGGCCUUGAUAACAAAUGCUGAUCAGGCUAUCCUGAGCAAGAACUUGGCACUGCUACGCUCAGAUCUUCCCUUCUAUAUGGUGCCUUUCGAUGUUAGAGAUCUAACAUUCAAGAAACCGGAGGACAAUGGAGAGAAAUUCAAAAGCCUUCUGAAUGCAAUCGGUGCUUAUGCAGAAGGAUUUUCAGCGGAUCCAAUCAUUAGAAGAGCUUUCUAUCUGUGGAAGAAGCUUUAAGCUUCUGUUAUUAUGUACUUGUGGCAGAAACACAUUUAGUCUGCCACGAAGAGCAGAGUUUGUAUUGCUUAGGGCUAGCCUUUAAUGUCGGCGGAUUUUGAAAUUUAAUAUAAUAUACAGUGGGGCUCUUAGUUCAAUCAUUUUACUCAAUGCUUCAGUUUAUGGUUUUUCUAGGCUCACGGGUCAAAUGGUGACCCCUUGAUAUAUUAUAUCCAAAUUCCUUGUCAGGCGCAAAUACCAUUUUGAGUUCA